CGGCAUUCCAAGCAAUCAAUCUGUCGGUCGUCGCAGCAUCACCGCAAUGGGGAAGUCGCGCGUGUCCUACUUCUACCACCCGGAGGAAGGGAACUUUUACUAUGGCCCGGGCCAUCCCAUGAAGCCCCACCGACUCAAGUUGGCGCACCACCUCGUGUUGAACUACGACUUGUUCCGCAAGAUGGAAGUGUUUGAACCCCACUGGGCAUCGUCGGAAGAAGUCAAAGCGUUCCACACCGCCGAUUACGUCGAGUUCCUCAAGAAAAUCAGUCCGUCAAACGAAAAGCAGUACCAGUCGGACGUCAACAAAUUCAACGUCGGCGAGUUCACAGACUGCCCUGUCUUUGAUGGGAUCUUCAACUUUUGCCAGAUUUACUCCGGUGGAUCCCUCGAUGCGGCAUAUCGGUUAAACCAUGGACUGACGGACGUCGCGAUCAAUUGGGCGGGAGGAUUACAUCACGCGAAAAAGUCGGAAGCGUCAGGGUUUUGCUACAUCAACGACAUUGUGCUGGGCAUUUUGGAGUUGCUCAAGUACCAUCCACGUGUGUUGUACAUUGACAUUGACGUCCAUCACGGCGACGGCGUCGAAGAAGCGUUCUACGUCACCGACCGCGUGAUGACUGUGUCGUUUCACAAGUAUGGCGACUUUUUCCCAGGCACGGGCGACAUCAAGGAUAUUGGAGCCAAGGCAGGCAAAUACUACUCGGUCAACUGCCCGCUCAAGAGCGGGAUCGACGACGACAAUUACUUGACGAUUUUCAAACCUGUGAUUGAAAAAGUGAUCGAGUCGUUUCGGCCGGGCGCAAUCGUGUUGCAGUGUGGUGCGGACUCGCUCACAGGCGAUCGCCUCGGGUGCUUCAACUUGACCGUGCAAGGACAUGGCGAAUGCGUGAAAUUCGUCAAGAGCUUUGGACUGCCGACCAUGGUCCUGGGUGGCGGCGGGUACACCAUCCGCAACGUGAGUCGGUGUUGGGCCUACGAGACGGCCGUCUGCCUCGACGAAACCGUGAGCAACGACAUCCCGUUCAACGAAUAUUUUGAGUACUAUGCGCCGUCGUUCAAGCUCCAUCUCGACCCGAACACGGACUUGGAGAAUUGCAACUCGCGGGCGUAUCUCGAAGACAUCAAGUGUGUUUGCCGCCGCGUUUUUGAUAAAGACGGUCUGACGUGGAGUACGUAGGGCUAAGAUUUUCGAGCACUUGCGCAUGUUGAACGGCGCGCCUAGCGUUCAAAUGUCCGUCAUGCCGCCUGAUUUUGUGCUCAAAGAAGAAGACGACGACGCGAUCGACCCUGACCAGCGCGUCGACCAUGACGGAACGAAGCGUCAACACGACGCAGAGCACUACGCGAACGACAAGGAUAACCGCGGCAAGGACGGCGGCACGUCCCAGGAGAAUGUGGACAUGGUGGAUUGACGCAUGUAAAGUUGAGAUUUUUCCGCUCCUUUGGGUAGUUGUCUCGCUGUUGUUCCGUCGAAAAAAAGUCCAUCGACGGUCGGCUGCUGCUUUGAAGUUUUGACGACGUCACAACCAUCUUUGCAUCGUCUCGUCAUUUGGACGGAACAUCCCUGGAAAUUUGGACCCAGUAACCCUUGUACAACUACGCACGGUGCAC